AACUUCAUCUUUUAAACAGUUAAAAACAAAAGCAGCUUGCAACGUUUCUGCUACAAGUGUUUUAUGUGAUGUCCUUUUAUGAAAAUGAAUAAUUAUCUGUGCACUUUGGAAAGAAAGCAGAUGGCAACAAGUGCAAUUCAUUUUGUGCCAACCACUAACAGCCAUAAUGCCUAAUGAUGAUAGAUCAGUAUUUCCCAUCUUAGAAUGGGUUGGGUAUAAAAUAAUGUCAACUUUAAUGCUUUUUUUUUGUUACCCAGGACACAAAAAUAUCUGUUGCCUGGAUGUCUGUGCAUCUCUGCUUCCUCUGUCUGAGUAUCUAAUACAAUAUCCAUCUGCCUGCUUUAUGGCGAGGACAUAGAAUGCUCUUUGCUUCAGACAGUUGCAGACAUCAGACUGCAGAUACAGUAGAAAGUUGCCAUGCAACUCCACACAAACAUGCACAUGGCAAAGAAGCAUCUUAAUAGGUUUGCAUUGCUAUGCAACAUUUAGCGUACUGAAUAAGCUUCACAGAUAUAGUACAAAAUGUACAAUAGUAUACACAUAAGGCAUAAAUGACACCCUGUCAAUAUAUUAUAGAGCACCGUUAUUUAGUGUAAAGAAUAAAAAAAAAAAAUUCACAAGCUUCAGUAACAACCUUCUAUAAUACUGUAAUAAGAUCACAUUCAUAUUUUAUAAGUGCAUAAUACACAAACAGACACACACACUGCAAAAUUAUAUCACCAUCUUUGUACUUUGACAAGAUAAAAACAACAUGAAACAUGCAAAAACUUCAAAACACGAUAAGUGGAAUAAAAAAAUAAAACGUAAUACACUUACAUCUAACAUACAUCUAAAUAAUACUGACCAAAUAAUACUGACCACUUGGCAGCAUCACAUAAAAAAGGGACUAUCAAAUCUACUAAAAGCCAACUUGAACUCUGUUUUAAGAAGGCCUAGAAAUUUUGUUAAUAUCACUGAAGAUAUUGGAGAAAGGGUGUAUUUUCAGGUUUUCAGAUUGCAACCAUGAUUUUUUACAUUUAUUUGGGUUAUAUUUGUAUAGAAUAGUCACAGUAAUGAUUAUCUUGGCGUGCUGAGAUGAAAGAAUAGCAUAGAAACUAAAUUAAAUUGCAAUCAGAGGCUGGAUUUCAUCUAUAGAUUUAAAAUUUUGUUGCAUUUUUGACCCACCACUACAAGGAACUGCUUUGACCCCUCAGGUUAUAAGAGCCUAAAUAAUCAACUUCACUCAACAGCAUGAUACCACUGUUACCAAAGAAGACAAACUGGAGGACUCACAAUAUAGAAGCACAAGGAUGAAUGUGUAUUACGGCUAUUAGAAGAAAUCAUUAGAAUACACAGAAACACUUCCUUGGGUGACUACUGACAAUCUGUGAUAAGCUCAGGAGGCUCCUGUGAUUUUCCCACCUGGAUGCUCCAUUACCACAGUGGGGGAUCUCUAAUAUUGUCAUUAGAUUUAAUGGUUCAUUACAUCUUCUGUAUUGUUCUCCAGGUGUGGCCGCCCUCCUCGUAGAAGGAUCCAUCUAGAAUUCAUGAGAGGAAACUGAUGCCAGUAUAAUGGCCUGCAUAGUCGGGCAUAAAGACAGCUACAAGUCUAGUUUAUCUGUUUGACCCAGCAGUCAGGAGUGUAAGCAAAGCACAGGAAAGCACCUCAUAUCAAUCUUGCCAAUAGAGGAAGCUGUGGUACAACCAGAGGCUUGGACAAUUGCCAGGUUGACAUCAAAAUAGGUGUGGUUUGAAGAAGUGAAAGCACUAGGGGCCCAGGGAGGGAACAGGGAACCUGUUUUUUUGUUUUUUUGUUUUUUUUUUUACUAAUUAGGAAUGUUUAGAAAACACACCUGACCUCCUCACGUCGUCUAUUUUUACCCAAUCAAGAGAAGGUCAGUGGUGAAAAGGAAAGGACACGACCUUAAGGGAUUGUGUGUGGUGAAAGGGGUGUGUUGCUACAUAUAGUAAGAAAAUAAGAGAACUAUCACCAAGUUUGUUUGUUUGAUAUUUCUCUGUGCAAAGUUAAAAAAGUGCCGCAAUUAUCCGCUCUGGUUGUGAACAGAUUAUAACAAUGCUACAGCAUCCUAACUUUGCAGGACAUAGUUACAAAAUGUCUCAGAUGUGCAGUUGGUUGUGGUUGUCCACACUCAAGCAGAAGGAUCAAGUUCUUAUUUUGUAUCUCCAGCUAUUUUGGUUGUCGGGUGUUUGAAGGAGGACACUGGUAUCUGCACAGCUUAUUAAAACCGAUCUCUGAAUUCGGAGCACCGGAGCAUUGUAUGACUUCCAGUAUUAAUGUUGCAAAAGAAAUAAUAUCAAAGUACAUGUCUACAUGUGUGAAGCAGUGAACGCUGACUGCAGGUUCAGUGUAUUUUUCUACCUGUCCAGUCCAAUUUGACAAUUCACUGCCACUUUCAUUGCAGCCAAAAUGAGAAAAAUUCAAGGCUUGGACACUUCUGCCAAACCACAGGACAUAAAUUAAAAAAAUUAUGACACUAUAAUUUUCCUGCUUGUCAUUUUUUCCCCCACAGCAAUAUAGCUUGACUGCUAAAUGGCUACUACUAUAUACCACAUAAGAAAAGGAAACUAUUUCUUAAAACUUCAUACUAUGACUCAAUUUAGAAGCUCUGUUUUAUUAAUGGUUUUAUACCGCUGAAGAUUACAGCCUUCAGUUCUGUAUCACUGUACUCUAAGCGGAGUAGACAGCACACUUGCUCCCUCAGACAUUUCUACUGUGCAGUAAUUAACAACAUACUCUCAUGGGCCACAUGGCAGGAGUAUAUAUAGGCCCCACUUACAUUGCCUUCAUGUUCAGAGGCCAGUGGGGAGCUUCACUAGGAAUCGCUUUUCCAGGGGACACUUGCAGUUCUAUCCAGGGGAGGAAUUUCAAACGCAGGCGCGCUUUUCAUGCUUUUCUGGGGUGUAUUUAUAGUGGAUGAGGUCAGGGCAGUAGAAGCGUGUGGGAUGGCCUUCUUCAACCUAGCCAUGUUAAGUGAUGCCGCAGGCUGCAGGGGUGGAGCAAUGGUGCGCCAUUCCAUUCUAAAUCUAAACCUGUAUGUUUGUGACAAUAGUAGCUGAGCACGGGCUGCAAAACUGCACGUGGUGGCCACCAAGACCUUUCCAGUUAUAAAGUGGGCAGGUCUUGGAGGAGGUUCCAGGGCAGGACAUAUAAACCUGCAAGCCAAUCACAAAUUCUUCAUUAAUGAGCUUGAGAUUUCAUUAUGUGAUCUCUAAAGUGGGGUUUGAUGGAUUUGUUUGUUUUUUUACUUAAAGAAAAACCUGUCAAAAAAAUUUGUUCCCAAAAAACAAAUAUUAAUUAAGCUUAUCAGUACAGUACACCUUAAAUACCUGAGUACAUAGAUCAAAUUCAGACUGGACCCUACUUGGGGAGUUACACUAAUUUACUUCCAGAUUGUAAGGGUACUAACUUCUUUCAUGUAAUGAGGAUAAGCUAACUAAAUGAUUGCUGCUACAACAGUAUUUAACACAGCAUUCAUACAUAAAGGGACAGCAAUAUAGAUGUUAUUCUCUACAAACAUGGAGUUAGAAAACAUUCUGUGCUUGAGUCCUACAUUAUGAGUGUGUAAGUGUCAGUAAGAUGGAAAGCUGAUCUCACUGAAAGUUGCUGGUUAAGUAUUAUCAUACAGCCAGGGAGGAUGAGAAAGCUCUCUUUACCCGCCAUAAACUCUGCCAAGUAAAGUUUUAAAAUUAUUACAACAUUAAAUAAUUAGCAGUAGAUUAAAUAACAUAUGGUGGUUGGAAAGACCCCAAAAUAAUCUCAUUCAAAGAUUUUGUUCAGAUCACACUUCUAUUGUUAAGACAGAGCUAAAUAAAUCCUGGUUACACCUUUCCUUGUCCCUGUGGAAACCAGGCUAUCAUCUGUCCAGCCCUACCCCCUCAGAACAGAUUAAUGUAAACGAUCCUCAUUUCCAAUGGUAGGUAACACAACACAGAUUAUUAUUCUGUGCUACAGGGGUUUGUGUGGACUCUUCCUGCGGCAUGAAUCAUUAAACAAGUAACUGUAAUCAAUACAGACAGCUUGGUUCUCAGGGUGACGGUGAGCUAAUGCGUGCAUGCAUGGAGACCAACUGAAGUUGACUGCUUUAAAAACAAAGCUCCGAUUGCUUCCCUUCUAUCGAGGAUUUUAAUGACAAAUGGCUUGAUUAAGCUACAGAAAGUAAUCGAUCAUCCGUAAAUAAAUUCUUUAAAAACUGAUUGGGGUGUAUUUUGAAUGUUUAUCUUGUUUAAUGAAGAAAGAAGAGAAUAGGCAGAAUGUGGAGAGCUGUAAGUUAUCAGUGAAUUAAAAAAAAAAUCACAGUUCAUGGUGCUGAGGGUUUAUAAUAUAGGCAUCUAUUUGCUGUGUUGUUUUCACUGCAUUUUACUUUUCCACUUUAACUGUGUUCCUGAUAAGCUGUGCCUGUAUUGGUUGAAAAGUGGACUGGAACUUUGUAAAGUCACAGGAGGUCAGUAGGAUUUUAUAAAGAAAUCUAAUAAGAAGAAACAUUACAAACACCAAAGUUACAUCUGUCCUGUGGACACAUUUUGUAACACUGGUGCAUUUACUAGUCCAAAGAAAAGCACCUGGUCACUAUUAAUCUGAAAAUCCUUGGCACAGUGUUGCAGUAACCCAUGGCAACUGCUUCUGUGUCAACAGAAAUCUUGAACAAGGCCAGCUGCUGCUGUCCAGGACUGUGCAACACCAUUGGUUGGCUGAAUGAAUGACUUGCUAACUUUUCUAUUAUGCAUGCCAGUUUACCUUUAGUGCGUUCUUGAGCUCAUUCUCAGGUAAACAGAGCUGAGAGGCAGCUGGUCACAAGACACUGUCGAGCAACUGACAAGCGUCCAUCUUGGACCAGUAGUACCACUUUGAACCCUUGCAGGCUUCGAAAAAUGGAGUUGAUUGGAUCCACUCUGACAGCAACGUAUGCUCGGCCAAAAAGCAGCCACUUUCUCCCUGCCAUCUCCACUAUGGCAUCCAGCUAUCGAAACCCCCAGGCAGCCCUGGUCAUGAAUCCCAAUGCCAGUCUGUGGAGGACAAACAGCUAUUACAAGAGCAACAGCACUAUCCCAUCCCCUUCCAUACAACGAGAGAAUUUAGAUUUGGUUCGUGCCAAGACGGUGUUGUACCCAUCCAACAGGAGCGCGCUGACCACCCGCUACACUCCAGAUGACUGGUACAAGUCCAACCACAACAACUACAGGGAAUCCGAGUCUUCCCGGAAAAGCGCAGAGAGACUAAGAAGAGACACCAUCAGGCUGAUGCAGGAUAAAGAGCAACUUACCAGACGAACCCAGGAGAAUACCAGCAAGAACAUAGGAGAAAGGCUUAAUGACAUUGUCUUUUGGAAGUCUGAGCUGAGCCAUGAGAUCGACAACAUGGUGACAGAGAUAGCAGCUCUUAAUGAGGUCAAAAGGAGGCUAGAGAGAGCCUUGGCAGAGACUGAAGGGCCCCUUCAGGUGUCUCAAGAGUGUCUGUACCACAGAGAGCGGCGGAUGUCCAUUGACCUGGUACACGAUGACGUAGAGAAAGACCUCAUAAAGGAGGUAGAAGUUAUAAAGUCAUGUCAGGAAAGGAUGAGGCGACAUCUGGACAGAGCCAUUGCUCAGCUGGCGUCAAACCGUGCAGCUCAACAUGAGUUGGAACGAGAUCUGAGUGACAAACUGACAGCGCAGAGGAUAGAUCAAAGGUGUCACCAUUUAAGGAACACAUCGGAUGGUAUUGGCUAUUACAGAGGAAUUGACAGACUAGACCCUUCAAUCUCUCUGCCUGACUCGUGGUCCAAGUUUACAGAUGACAACAUCCUGCAUUCCCAAAGCGAGCGAGCUGCCUCCCACAAGCUCAGGGAUGAGAUAGAAAUCCUGCUGAACGCCACUUCCAAUGAAAUGUGGAACCAGUUCAACAAUGUCAACGUAGCCUUCACCAACCGCAUAUCAGAAACCGGUGAUGCCAAGAACAGCUUGCAAACACACCUGGCUAAGACUCUACAAGAGAUCUUUCAGACUGAGAUGCUAAUUGAGUCAAUAAAGAAGGCUCUCAGAGAUAAAGAGUCCCCAUUAAAAGUGGCCCAAACGAGGCUGGAGGAGAGGGUCCGUAGACCCAACAUAGAGCUCUGCAGGGACAAUCCACACCACAGACUUGUGAGUGAGGUGAGAGAGAUCGAGGACACUAUUCGGAAACUUCAAGAGAGGCUGAUGGAGGCCGAGAACACUCUGCAGACUUUGGUGAAGACCAAAGUAUCCCUGGAACAUGACCUAUCUGUCAAAGCCAAUUCACUUUUCCUGGACCAGGAGAAGUGCAUGAGCAUGCGCAAGAGCUUUCCUAGCAUGCCCCGUCUGGUGGGCUACACCUAAAACCAAGUCUUAAAAGGAGGACCAUUGGAA